CGUGGGUUAGAGCGAGCUUGAGCCAUGAAGCUGCUAAGCAGAGCCAGGUCCCUCUCGAGAUUUUACUCCCUGAAAGUUGCUCCCAAAGUGAAAGCCACGGCCGCCCCUGCAGGAGCGCCAUCACAGCCUCAGGACCUUGAGUUUACCAAAUUACCAAACGGCUUAGUGAUUGCUUCUCUGGAAAACUAUGCUCCUGCCUCAAGAAUUGGUUUGUUCAUUAAAGCUGGCAGCAGAUAUGAGGACUCCAACAACUUAGGAACCUCUCAUCUGCUUCGUCUUGCAUCCAGUUUGACUACUAAAGGAGCUUCAUCUUUCAAGAUAACCCGUGGAAUUGAAGCAGUUGGUGGUAAAUUAAGUGUGACUUCAACCAGGGAAAGCAUGGCCUACACUGUGGAAUGCCUGCGGGACCAUGUUGAUAUUCUAAUGGAGUUCCUGCUCAAUGUCACCACAUCACCAGAAUUUCGUCGUUGGGAAGUGGCUGCCCUUCAGUCUCAGCUAAGGACUGACAAAGCUGUAGCUUUUCAGAAUCCACAGGCUCGUAAGUACAUUUUCAGAUCCUGUUCACUUCUAAGAUACUGG